AUGUCAACGCCUUCACUGACCCGACGCGACCGCAUCCUCGGCGCCCUCCUAGGGGUCCACGCCGGCGACUCUCUCGGCGCAACCCUCGAGUUCCAGGGCUGGUGGAACAUCCACUGCAUGUUCCCCAACGGCCUACGCGACAUCAUCGGCGGAGGGCAUUUCUCCUGGCCCGCGGGGCACGCAACCGACGACACCGACUUAACGCGGGCAGUCCUCCUCGCAUAUCGAGACGUCGCACGGGCCAAGAAAAAGGGGAAAGAAAAUGAUGUGGUGAAGAUCGCGGCGGAAUAUAUGCUUGAUUGGCUUGACGGGCGGGACUGGCCUGGUCGGGCGAAGGGAUCAAGACCGUGUGAUGUGGGCGGGGCAACGGUCGAGGGGUUGGAGAGGUAUAGACAGACCAGGGACCCGGCUGCAGCCGGAGCAGGGGAAGGCAGAGCGGGGAACGGGUCGUUGAUGAGAUGCAUUCCGACGGGGCUGUUCCAGAGGGAGUGGGGAAGCCUGUGGGAUGAGAGUGUUGCCAUUUCAGCGGUCACGCAUGAUGAUUUGGUGUGUACUUUCUCGUGUGCGGUGUAUAAUACUGUUGUGGCGGCGCUGGUGGAGGGAAAGAGUGUUGAGGAGGCGUUUCAGGCUGGGAUUGGAGCGGUUAGAUAUACAGAGAGGCUGGCGGGGAAGGAGGAGGAUCCGGUGUUCAGGCUGAAGAAGGAAAGGGCGAUCAAGAAGGUUGAGCAGGCGUUGGUUACGGGGAGGACGCUCAUUAAGGUGGACGAUCUGGCGAGAAACGGCCCGGAUGGGGCAAAAAAUGUGAAGAAGGCGCUGCCAUUGGCGGCGAAGGGGUUUGUUUUGGAGUCGUUGACAAUCGCGAUUGCGGCCCUAUUUGACGAAAGGUCGUUGGAGGAGAUCCUGGUUGAUGUGGUGAGAUUCGGGGGAGACUCCGAUACGAAUGGAGCGAUUGCAGGGGGCUUGUUAGGCGCAAGGGAUGGCGUCGAUGCGAUUCCAGUGAGAUGGAGGGAGAAGUUGCAGUUUCGGGAGGAGUUCGAGAAGGUAGUUGACGAGAUACUGAGUGUGGAGUGA